AUGAGCCAGGCCUUUCUUAUUGAGGGUUACCAGGCUGGAAUUCUCGGAGGAGUGCAAGAUACCAAACCAUACCGUGAUGCACUCGGAAACCCUGAAGGGACGGAGAUAAUCCCAAUGAUCGCAUCUUCCUACACACUCGCAGCUACUGUAAUGUCUAUUGUGGUGGUGGUUGUGGGUAUGCCUCUAGGCCGCCGAAAUUCAAUCCUACUCGGCACGGUGUUGAUAUUCUUCGGUGGCAUCAUUCAGGCAGCGUCAUACUCGGUAGCACAAAUUAUCGUAGCUCGGGUCAUAUGUGGUUUCGGUAUCGCGUUUAUUACUUGCAAUGUCCCUAUGUAUAUGUCUGAGAUGAGUAUUCAUGCCAAUGAGCGCGGCCCCGAGGUAGCGAUCAACUGCUCUUCGCUCCUCGCAGGUAUCGCUUUAUCUUACUGGGCGGACUUUGGAUUCACAAGAAUGUCAAAUCAGCUAUCCUGGCGGUUGCCUGUUUCCAUCCAAUCCAUCUUUGCUCUCUUUUCAGCAGCUGGCAUUUUCUUCUGUCCGGACUCACCAAGGUGGUAUUAUGCAAAGGGGCGAACUGCUGAAGGCGAUAUCACCCUGGCAAGACUAUACAAUGUCUAUCGUGUUGACAAUAGUGCUCAACCCGAGAGUGCUUCCAUGGAGCUUGUAAGAGCUGAGAUUAUGCAGAACCUCCAGCUUGAGGCGGAACAAGAGAACCGACUCGGCUGGCUAAGCCUUGUUUGGGACAACACCCCGCUCCGUGUUGGCCGUCGGAUAAGGAUAUCGUUUAUCAUCCUAUCCAUUCAACAAAUAAUGGGAAUUAAUAUCAUGGUUUACUAUAUGCCCCUAAUAUUUUCGAACGUCGGCCUCUCGAGCUUCUUAUCGUCGCUCAUUUCUGCUGUUGCAUUGACAGUCCAAUUUACAGGCUCGCUGGUCACUAUUCCUACAAUUGAGAGGAUUGGCCGGCGUCGAAUCAUGCUGGUUGCAGCUGCCGUUCAGAGCUGCUGUAUGCUUGUUUUCGUGGUUUUAAAUGGUCUUCCUAGUAAGACGGAAAAGACCCAAUGGGCAGCCGCUGCUAUGAUGUUCCCAUAUAUGUUCAUGUACGGCUGGGGGUGGGUUACCUGUCCGUGGCUAUAUGGACCCGAGAUCGCUCCCCUCAAGUAUCGCCACAUCGGAGCCGCAGUUGGCCUGUUCGGCGAGUGGCUAUUCAGUUUUGUGACAGUAAUUGCUGGCGGCAUCGGGCUCGAAACAUCCGGCGGGAAGAUAUGGAUUUGGCCCCUUAUUUUCAACGUGCUGGGUUUUGGCUUCGUCUAUUUCAUGUGCCCUGAUCCGACCGGGAGAACUUUGGAAGAAAUUGACGCUCUAUUUGACACGGACUUCAGAUUACCACACACUUCCGACGAGAAGUUGUCAGUGCAUCAAAUUGAAAAUACGGCUUAA